UCCUCCGUGUGUCUUCAGCUCCCCCUGCUGGUCAAAGCUGAAUAGUGCAGGCAAGAUGGCGGCUCCCGUUAGGACGCUGUGCUGUUCAGUGUUUAGAUUCUCCAGCAGGCAGCUCAGCACAACAUGUGGAGUACAAGCUGGACAGAAAUGGAGGCUAGAACAUGGACUCGCCAGAAGUGGCACAGAAUAUGGACCUCUCACAGAUCUGCCUGAUUGGUCUUUUGCAGAUGGACGACCAGCACCUCCACUGAAGGGCCACCUGAGAAGAAAGCAAGAGAGAGAAACUUUAGCUAGGCGCAUUGUGAUGCUGAACUCGGAGGUGGACCAAGGAAUAGAGAUGUGGAGGGAGAAACAGGAAGGAGCGAAAAGAAUGGAGGAGCACAAAAAGUCUCUUUUACUGAAACCCAAAGGGCAGCGAUUAUUGAAGAAAAAAUCUCAAUGUUAGAAACAGAUAUUCAGCCCAGUGGAUGUAUUUAUGAGGACUUGUGGCUUUUCUCCUGCUUUGUAAUUUGUGUUUUUCUCAAUAUUCAUGCAAUAAAUGUUUGUCCUAGA